GGAAAUAACACUCUUCACCCACGAAAAAAGUGUCGGAGGGCCCUAGACAUGUGACAAAGGUUGUUGUCUACCAUUGCAGAAGCGAAGCAAGUUUCCAGGAGCAUCAAGCGGAACUACGAAGUAUAAACCGAGCCUGUCCGAGUAAAUUUCUUUCCAUAGUAGCCGCACAAAAUGAGUUUCGGCAAGGCAAGCCGAGAUGUGCAUCACAUGACCGGGAGUGAUAACCCCGGUGCAGCGGACUACAUCAAGCCUGCUGUAGCAUGGUCUACGGCGAAAGGAACGAGGUAACUGGUUCUGCAGGUUUUCACACGUUUUUUUCCAAGCACGAUUCUCCUUCAUUCUUUUUUUGUGAUGAAAACUGUGUGAAUAUAACAACGCACGGGUCGAAUGCGUCUUGUACGUGUACCUUAUUUCGAUUUCUUGGCGAGCAAAAAUUAUUAUCAGGAUGCAAUAGGCAAAAAACAUCUUUAUCAAUUUUCACUUCUUGACCUGCGCUCCAGGGCACCGAAGUUCAGCCGCCGAGAAGGGCUACCGAGCAGAGCGCCGCUAAAGAAGGACCCUCGCCACCACCGAAAUUCAUCGCUAACAUCAGAAAACGUUGCCAAGCACCUUAGCACGGUACAUUGUGACUAUUUCGCUUCCGAGUGUAACAAAACUCAAAAGGUAGUACAUAAGAAACGACAAUGUACUAGCUGUAGAACAACACUGAAAAUAGAAUAUAUUGGUUGUGUCGUGGCCAAUAAACCUAUCGUACUUACCUGUUGUAUUUUCAUCUUGGCAAUCCCUCGGACUCAACGAACAAGAAAUCGUGAUCCAAAUCCAAUUGAAGCGUUCAUCUCGCUCACGAAAUAAACAGCACGGUGGAAGAAAGUACAGCAUCCUGGAGCAUGUCACACCCGGCGACAGGUCAAACGAUGCCAAACAGACGACCUACCAGAACAUGACGGAGGACAACGAAAGCUUCAAAGGUAUCUGUGACAAAAAUGUGCUUGGUUUGUUUCUUUUUUUUCAAAUAUGGUUCUUCAAGAAAGGAAGGGGAACGCAACGUAGACUGUCUUGAUACUAAGAUCCUUUCGCUUCUAUGUCUAUGGUAUGAUUAUGAUAGUGCAUGGUCCAGCGUUAUAAGUCGUACCAUCUUGCAACGAAUAUCCGGC